AUGUGGCCGGGCCCCGCGCUGCUGCUCCUGGGCCUGGGCCUGGGUCUGGGCAGCCAGCCGCCACCCCCCGGCCCUCGCGGGCUGCCGGGCGUGCUCAGGGGCGCCCCGGGGCUGGGGCAGGGCGCAGAGAGCAGCGUCCGGGGCGGUGGCACCGGUGGCCUGUCCCCGCGCUCAGUCCCGCGCCGCGCCAGCCCUACGCUGCCCCGUAGGUGUCCCUCGGGCGCAGCCGCGCGCGUCCUCCUGAAAGUCAAUUCCUUCGACCCCGCAGCCGCCAAGGCUACGGUGUCCUGCCAGACGGCCAACUGUAUCAUACAGCCAGUGAAGAUUAUCAACAGGAAGGACCAGAACGCUCCCCUCAUCCUGAGCAGAGACCAGGAAGUCACCCUCAAUGUCACUAUACGUUGGCACUGUCCUGAUGCCUUGGUCGUUCGCAAGACCUGGCUGUACUUUUCGGUGGCCUCUGUGAACGACACUCCCGACUGGAACCGACCUGUGCAAUUGCCACAUGUCCAAGUGACUAAGGUUUCCUUCCUCCACAUCCCCAAAUAUGCCCUGCCUUACGGGGUGUAUGUGUUUAACUUCACGCUGUCCCUCGUCAGGUGGGACCCCGUCUUGCCCACGGUGACAGACUCGGAUAUCAUCUACAUUUGGGUUAAAAAACGCCCCCUGAAGGCUGUCCUUCCUGGAGCCUCCAGAGUAACUGUGAGAUUCUCGGAUGCACUGAUCCUCAAUGGAAGCAUGUCCUACGACCCAGAGGCAGACAUUCCCACAGAGGGACUCAUCUUUUUUUGGUACUGUACCACAAAUCCAAGAUACUAUAGUGACAACUACAUGUUAGUGACCAACCGGGAUGUCUGUCACCCAAAGCAGGAUUCACUGGACUGGCCUUGGGCAGUGGGCCCUGUACUAACCAUUCCAGCAGAGACUCUUAGGGGCAAUGGUGUGUAUUACUUCAGAAUGGUGGUGCAGAAGCAAAAUAGGACUGCAUUUUCUGAUAAAACUGUACACGUGCUCCAAGGACUUCAGCCCAAAGCCCACAUUUCAUGCAUUGAAAACUGUGGCCACACUUUAGCCGUAUCAGAUAGAUUCUCUCUGUUUCUGAACUGCUCAAGUUGUGGCAGUCGGGAUUUCUACAGCUGGUCCAUUUUGUCUCGGAUGGGUAAGGAAGUGAUGUUUGACUGGGCAGGACAAGCUGUCACCAGGAGGGAUGGGGCUUACUUGUCCAUGAAAGCUUUCGCCUUUAGGGAUUUUUUGGAAAACAGGUUUUGGGUUUCUCUGAUUCUGAAAUCUUGGAGUGGUGUGAUCAUGACCUUGAGACACCCUGUGGUCAUUAACCAGGGCCCUCAAGUUGGCAAAUGCAACAUUGAUCCUGCUAGUGGGAUUUCCAUGGUUACUAAAUUCGCUGUGGCAUGUAGUGGUUUUAAGGAUAAGAACCUUCCCCUUACAUAUAAAGUAAUAGUCUCUGAGCUGGACAGCAUUGGCGACAUCAGUUCUGUAGAUGAGAACACACUGGGGACCAUUAUGUAUUUGGGGACACAGCCUACAACACCAGCCUUCUUUCUCCCCGUUGGUAUGGCGACAAAUCACUACAAUUUGAGGCUGUAUGCUCAGGUCUAUGACUCCUUAGGGACUUUCUCUCAAGUGACCUUGCAAGCCACCGUCAAGGCACCUACCGUCAGGGACUCCUCGAAGAACGUUGUACAACAGCUGCUCAACGUCACGCAACUGAACUCAUCUUUGUCCACUUUGCUUCAGAAGCAGGACUGGCUACCGGCAGGUUACUUAGUCUAUGUGGUAACUUCAGUCUUCAAUAACAUAAAAUGGGAGCUCGAACUCCAGGGUGAUAGAACCCGCGUCCUGGAGUACCUUGUCAACCAGUCCUUCAUGCUUGCUAUGAGAACAAUGGACGAAAUUUGUCAGUCAGUGAUGGUGAUUACCAAAUUAACCCAGAAAGCCUUGGACUUAAGUCAACCGACUUCAGAGGCCACCACCUUAUUGCUAAGGCAAGCAAACCAAGCCCUGCAAGCCUACCAGCAGGAAAACAAGCACCUUCACUCCCAGCAGAUUGAAAUUCUGUGCACUGGCAUCCUAACCAGCCUGUCUAACCUUCUUAAGCUGGCUAAGACCUACCACACGUCAGAAACUCUUUUGUUUAUAAUGCAAUCAUUAUCAGACAUGAUACUGGCUAACAUGGUGCCAGGAAGCAAAACUGUUCUGAGGACCAGCAACUUUAACAUGUAUGUGGAGAAAGUUGAAAACUGGAACGUUCAUCAGGCCUUCAGAAAUGAGUCGCGCUGUUCAAACUGCCUCCGUGCGACACUGAACACAAGCACGGUUCCUGGGCUACCUGCAAAGGCUCCGGUUUCUGUGAUGUUUUGCAAGUUCGUAGACGAUCCCUUUCCUUGGCUGACUUACCCGGAAAACAUCUCUACAGAUGUGGUUGGGUUCAGAAUGACGGGAGCUGCAGACAACGGUAACGCCAUAGAGAUUGCACCUGACACAGCAGAAGUGUACCUGGUCAGAAAAGAUCUGACCUCUUCCAGUUUUAACCUUACAGUGGGACCAGGCAUCAAAAGUGCCGGGUUCUCCAAGAUGACAACAGGUGGAAUUAGCUUUGAGGUGGACGGCAGGGGGUUUGGGGAGGUACUCAUCCACAUUGUCACAAACGUGACAGUGUUGUUCGAGGCCUUGGUCUAUGAAGGCAUUCAGCUCAUCCCCACCAAUCUAAUGGCCAUUUUUCUUGUUCCUCAUGACAUCCCUCCCAUUGCCAAGUGGAGUGGCCUGUUUGACCCAAACUGUUCAGUCAAGGAGGCCCGCGUAGUUUGUCUGUCAUCAACCCUGCUUCGAACCAUAGCUCAGCGCAGACAUUCAUUCAAGUACAACAUAUCGGUGGUCUUGCAGGCCUCUCGCUUUGUCUUUAAGCCCACUAACAAGCUAGUGAGGAUUGCUCUCUUUAUGGUUCACUGUUUGGACAUGUACGGGAUCCAGAGUGACUGGGGUCAAAGUACCUGCGUGCUGGGUGAGAGGACGACGUGGAAAACCAUACACUGUAUCUGUAGGAAGGCAAGGCGGAGCCGGCGGCAGCUGACCUACAGUUAUAUGCACAUUCACUUUGUGACUGCUAAGGUCAUUGUGGUCCCUAACCCUGUGGAUCUGAGGCUACAGGUCAUUAGUAAUGUUACCCAGAACCCUGUGACCCUCCUGGCUGUGCUUUGCAUAAUGAUCGUGUAUGUUAUUCUGGCUUCCUGGGCCCUGCACAGGGAUGUAAUAGAUCAAUACCUUCAUGACAAUGUGGUAAUACUGACGGAUAAUGAUCCCUUUGAUACCAUAUGCUACCUGGUAACCAUCUUUACUGGAAGUCGCUGGGGGUCUGGAACCAAGGCCAAUGUUUUUAUCCAGCUUAUGGGAACGGAGGGUACCAGUGACGCCCACUGUCUAACCCAUCCAUAUUUUCAAACCCUAUACCGGGGAAGUAGGAACACUUUCCUCCUAACGACAAAAAAUGACCUGGGGGACAUCCAUUCCAUCCACGUGUGGCAUGACAAUUCGGGCAAAGCACCCAGCUGGUACCUAAGUCGAGUCAAAGUGGAAAAUCUCUUCAGCAAGCGCAUUUGGCUGUUUGUGUGCCGGAGGUGGCUCUCGGUGGACACCACUCUGGAGGAAACAUUUCCAGUCACCCACCCGGAUGAGUCUCUGAAAAAGACAGACUUCUUCAUGAUUGAUCUGAACGAUAAGCUUGGGAAAAACCACAUGUGGUUCUCCAUUUUCACGGACAUCGUCCCCAAACCGUUCAACAGGCUCCAGAGGCUGUCCUGCUGCCUGGCCAUGUUGCUAAGCUCUCUCGUUUGUAAUAUCAUGUUUUUUAACCUGAAUAUAACGAAGCAACCAGAGUCCAGACAGGGGCAUAUCAUCAGGUCAAUGGUGAUAGGAGUCGAAAGUGCCUUAAUCACAUUCCCUGUGCAGUUAUUGAUAACUUUUUUCUUCACCUAUUCCCAGAAGAAGCCUAAAGUGGAUACAGACAAAGUGGCACCACAGAAGCACCCCCUGAUGUCAGAAGAAGGUCUGUCCUGGAAGGAUCGGUUAAAAAAAUGGCAUGAGUAUGAAAUGAAGACUCUCACUAGUAAAGCUGCCAACCCCGCCUCUGCUCCCGAGGAAAAGGAUGCAAACAAGGCCUCUAAAACCUCACAGGCCCCAGACACCCAGACGUCCAAUAAGAACUUCAGUAACAAUAACCUAGAAGACAGCAAAGAUGUCCCUCCGAAAGCUUCCUCUACCCAACUGCACGCUACUCGGUCUGUUAAAAAGACCCAGAUUAUCCUGCCCAGGCGGUGUGUUUAUAUAGCCUGGUUUUUGGUGUUUGCCACGUCUGGUGUAUCGUCAUUCUUUAUUGUAUUUUACGGCCUGACUUACGGCUAUGACAAGUCAGUAGAGUGGCUCUUUGCGUCGUUCUGUUCUUUCUGUCAGUCCGUGUUCCUUGUCCAACCGUGUCAUAUUCUACUGAGGUCAGGCACCAGGAUGCACAGGCCCAAGUACUGUAAGAACCUCUCGUGGUCCAGCAAGUACCAUUACACAGAAAUCAGGCUGCAGGAGCUGAAGAUGACCCCAGAAGAGACGGAGCAGCUCCACGAGGACAUGGCCUACAUCCGAAGCUUGAGCAUAUACCAGCCCAUCACCGAGGACAAAAUCCAAAUAUUCAGGCGGAAGAACAGGAUCAGGAAGAGGUCCUUCUUGUUCCUGAGCUACCUUGUGACCCACUUCAUAUUCCUGACCCUUCUCCUGUUGCUCAUUUUCCCCCUGCGUCACAACGAUAGCUUCUACUACAACCAGUUUGUUCGCCACCGGUUCUCCAUGGAUCUUGCCACGGUGGUGAAGCUGGGCGAUAUCUAUGCGUGGCUCAACGGCGUGUUCCUACCUUUGUUACACAAUGACAAAAGCCCAACAUUCCUUCCGGACAGCUCAUCUAAAAUCCUUGGCCUUCCACUCAUGAGACAAGUGAGGGCCAAACCCAGCAACAAGACAUGUCUGUUGGCCAAGAAGUUUGCACAGAGCAGAAUUGCAGGGGAACUCCAUUGUCAUCCACAGUAUGGCAUUGAUCCAGAAGACACAAGACACUAUCCUGGUGUGUGGAAUAAGGCUGGCAAGAGGUCUAUAGACAAAACCAGCAAUGGCUUUACUUAUAAGCCUCCGGGGAGGAAAUGGGUGUAUUAUUCCUAUGGCGUAUUAAACACCUAUGGAUCUGGAGGGUAUGAGUUCUAUUUCUUUCCAGAACAGCAGAUGUUUAAUUCCACACUGAGGCUCAAGGAACUCGAGGGAAAGAAUUGGCUUGAUGAGCUGACAUGGGCCGUGAUUGUGGAGUUGACUACUCUGAAUCCAGACACCAGUCUGAUGUGUAGCAUUUCGGUUGUAUUCGAAGUCUCUCCCUUAGGGGUUGUCAACUCCAGCCUCUCCGUGUACUCCUUCCCGCUGGCUGAUUUCAACAGCCGCUCUUCGGCAGAAAUCUACCUGUAUGUAGCCAUUCUUAUUUUCUUCUGUGCCUAUGUCGUGGAUGAGGGUUACAUCAUCAUGCAAGAGAGAGCUUCCUACAUAAGAAGCAUGUACAACCUGCUCAACUUCUCUCUUAAGUGCAUGUUUGCUCUCCUGAUAGUGCUUUUCUUCCAGAAGCACCUCCUGGCCACCAAACUGGUCCGGCUUUACAACACUGACCCCGAAGCCUUCAUUCCCUUCCAUGCUGUCUCUCGGGUUGAUCACUUCAUGAGGAUCAUCCUGGCUUUCCUGUUGUUUCUGACCAUAUUGAAGACACUUAGGUAUUCCAGAUUCUUCUAUAACGUGCGCCUGGCUCAGAAGACCAUCCAGGCUGCCUUUCCUGGCAUCUGCCACACGGCUUUGGUGGUGUCUAUAUAUUCCUUCAUGUACGUAGCUUUUGGGUACCUGGUGUUCGGUCAGCAUGAGUGGAAUUACAGCAACAUGAUCCAUGCCACCCAGACCAUCUUCUCCUACUGCGUGUCAGCCUUUCAGAACACAGAGUUUUCUGGCAACAAGAUCCUCGGGGUCCUGUUCCUGUCAUCUUUCAUGUUGGUGAUGAUUUGUAUCUUCAUCAACUUGUUUCAGGUAGUGAUUCUGUCUGCCUAUGACGAGAUGAAGCAGCCUGUGUAUGAGGAGCCGUCUGACGAGGCCGAGGCUGUAACCUAUCUGUGCGACAGUCUAAAGUCUGGGUUUGACUUUCUCACCUCCGGACCUCAAGACAAAGACCAAUCUGACUUCUUUGAAGACAUGCUGUAUGGGCAGCCGGAGAAGAAUACUCGUCGGUUCUUGGGGCUGAAGGCCAGAAAUAUCAACGGGAAGAAAAUGAUUUAUCUGGUUGUCUGAUUGGUGACG